AUGUCGGCCGUUUCCAGGUGCAUCCGGCCGCUGUCGGUGAUGCGGUCCUCGCGCCUCGCCAACGGCUUCCGUCGCUAUUCCAGUGCAUCAAAGACUCCGCUGCCCCUCGAAGGAUAUCGCGUGUUGGACAUGACCCGUGUGUUGGCUGGUCCCUACUGCACUCAAAUUUUGGGCGACCUUGGUGCCGAGGUCAUCAAAAUUGAGCAUCCCGUGAGAGGAGAUGACACGCGCGCGUGGGGGCCGCCAUAUGCCGCAUACAAGCCGGAUACCAAGGCAGACGGCCCUGGAGAGGCAGCAUAUUUUCUCGGGGCCAACCGAAACAAAAAGUCACUGGGUCUCUCUUUCCAGCAUCCAGAGGGGGUGGACAUUCUGCACAAGCUUGUUGCCAAAUGUGAUAUCCUCGUCGAGAAUUACCUUCCCGGCACAUUGAAGAAGUACUCGAUGGAUUACGAGACUGUACGCAAGAUCAAUCCCGGUCUCAUUUAUGCCUCCAUCACCGGCUACGGGCAAACAGGGCCAUAUGCCAACCGCGCCGGUUACGAUGUCAUGGUGGAAGCUGAGUUUGGCCUGAUGCACAUCACCGGCCAGAGAGACGGUCCUCCCGUCAAGGUUGGCGUGGCCGUUACUGAUCUUACCACAGGCUUGUAUACCAGCAACAGCAUCAUGGCAGCACUUCUGGGCAGGGCCAGCACAGGCAAGGGCCAACACAUCGAUGUGGCCUUGAGCGACUGCCAGACAGCAACCUUGGCGAAUAUUGCCAGCAGUUGCCUCAUCAGUGGGAAGAAGGACACGGGUAGAUGGGGCACGGCGCAUCCCUCAAUUGUUCCUUAUAGAUCAUUCAAGACUAGGGACGGAGACAUCCUCUUUGGCGGUGGGAAUGAUCGUCUGUUUGGCGUCCUAUGCGACGGCCUUGGCAAACCUGAGUGGAAGGAUGAUGCAAAAUUCAAGACAAACGCGGACAGAGUCGCGAACCGCCAACAGUUGGAGGCCGAGAUUGAAGCCAUCUCACAACAAAAAACCACAGAGGAGUGGCUACAGGUGUUCGAAGGCAGUGGUAUGCCCUACGCAGCCGUGAACGACGUACAAACCACGUUGAACCACGCCCACACAAAGGCGCGUAACAUGGUUGUUGAAAUGGAACAUGAGAUUUGCGGUCCAAUUAAAAUGGUCAACACCCCCAUCAAAUUCUCUGAAACCCAGCCUUCCAUUCGCUCCGUGCCACCUAUGCUUGGCCAGCACACUGAUGAAAUUCUCAGUGACCAUCUUGGUAUGAGCCAGUCGGACAUUUCAGACCUGAAAGAACGAGGGGCCAUACGUUGA